CUCCAUUCCUCUGGGGGGCGCAGCGUCUUUUAGUGUUUAGGUAGUCUCUCCUCAGUUGGCUGAGAGCUCUGCUGGAGAGAGGUUGGUAGAAUUCAGUCUCUGGUUAAAAGUGUCUAAAAAGAGUUCAAUAUGUGUUAAAAAGUGUUAAAAAAUAGUUUAAUAUGAAGCGUAAGGCCUUUAAAUGUAAUAUUCUGGAUGUUUUAAGGAUGGAUGAUCUGUAUUUUUAACUAAAUCUUCGAGUGUAUGUUUGAGAAGUGUUAGUUAGCUACAGCUUCCUGUGUUUAGUUCAGUCCUAACUCUCCCUCCAUUUUGUGUGGUUUUGGGGAUCAUGCAGUGAUUUGUGCAGGCAGACACGAGGCUGGAUGCUAUUUCUCACAGCUUUCUAUCUUGUACAUCCAGUAAACGCUGUGGAGAACAAGCGGAGAGACGGCAGCACCGACUGCAUCAAGAUCAAGAUUGACCCUGAGAGAAACUCCAUCUGGAUCUGGAACAACGGAAAGGGGGUUCCUGUGGUGGAGCACCAGGUGGAGAAGGUCUUUAUUCCUGCGCUGAUCUUCGGUCAGCUGAUCUCCUCCAGCAGCUGGGAUAAUGUAGAAGAUGAAGAUGAUCAGCAGAAGAUCACAGGUGGGGGAAAUGGUUAUGGUGCAAAGCUGUGUAAUAUCUUCAGCACCAAGUUCACAGUGAAAACCGCCUGUACAGAGUCUGAGCACAUUUUUUUCCAGACUUGGUUUGAGAACAUGAGUCGUGCCGGUGAGGCGGAGAUCAACCCGUUCAGCGGUAAGGACCACACCUUCGUCACCUUCCACCCAGACCUGAGCAGGUUCCAGAUUAGGUCGCUGGACCGAGACACCGUGGCCCUCAUGACCAGGAGAGCGUAUGACGUCGCCGGGUCCUCCCCGGGUGUGCGGGUCUACCUCAACGGCACCAGGCUGCCUGUGGAUGGAUUCCGGAGUUACGUGGAUUUGUACCUGAAGGAUGAAGUGGACGAGACGGGCUCUCCUCUCACUGUAGUGCACGAAGUGGUGAACCCACACUGGGAAGUGUGUCUCACCAUCAGUGAAAAGGGCUUUCAGCAAGUCAGUUUGGUGAACAGCAUCGCCACCACAAAGGGAGGAACUCACAUCGACUACGUUACAGAUCAGAUCGUCUCACAGCUGAUUGAAGUGCUGAAGGAAAAGAACAAAGCUGCUGAGGAUCUCCAGCCAGUCCAGGUGAAGGAGCUGAUGUGGCUGUUUGUGAACUGCCUGAUCCAGAAUCCAACCUUCGACUCUCAGACCAAAGAGAGCAUGACUCUCCAUCAGCAGAGCUUCACAUCUGCCUUCAGCCUCAGCCACAACUUCUUCAAUCAGGUCCAUCACUUCAUCCUAGUUGUGACAAACCGGGUUCUCACAGACUCAUAUCUAGAACACUCUGAGGAAAUGCAGCUCUGUCUCCACCACUGCGAGAUCACAGUGAGAGCACAGCCUGGCCUCUCUGGGAGCCCAGCUCUGUCUGUGACGCCCAGUUUCUACAGCCAGACUGUGCUCACUGAGUCUGUACCUGGUUUGGGUUCCUGCACAGCCACGGAGUUCAGAGAGUAUUUCAGGAACCUGGCGAGGCAUCGAAUUCCCUUUAAGUUCUCGGGUCCUGCGGAUGAUGAGGCUAUCGACAUGAUCCCCCUGAUCCCCCACUCCUGCUGGUUGCACGACAUCCCCUGCCUGGCGGACGGUCUGACAUCAGUCCAGAGGAAGGUGUUGUUCUGCUGCUUCAAGCGGAAGGAUAAGAGGGAGGUGAGCGUGGCUCAGCUCGCCUCUUCUGCUGCAGAGAUGACUGCUUACUACAUUGGAGCGGUUCCUCUGGAGAAGGUCAUCGUGGGUUUGGCGCAGAACUUUGUCGGUAGCAACAACCUGAACCUGCUUCAGCCUUUGGGUCAGUUCGGCACUCGGCUGCUCGGAGGCCGAGACUCGGCCUGUGUCAGAUUCCUGUUCACCGAGCUCAGCUCUCUCACCCGACUGCUCUUCCCUUCUGUGGACGACGUCCUGCUCAACUACAACUACCAUGACGGCAUGAGGGUGGAGCCUGAGUGUUACCUUCCCAUCACGCUUUAUUACACACAUCAUCAAUCUCACGUUAAGUGCUGUUAUUUCUCUCCUGAAAACGGUUUGAGAACCACUGAGCAUAAUGGUAGUUCUGAAAGUAAGUUUUAUAUGUUUUACAGCAUUCACUUAUUCUUCCUCUCUCUCUCUUUCUCCCUCUCUCUCUUUCUCUCUCUCUUUCUCCCUUUCUUUCUCCCUCUCUCUCUCUUUCUCUCCCUCUCUCUUUCUCUCUCUCUCUCUCUCUCUCUCUCUCUCCCUCUCGUUCAGCUUCCCAGUUAUAAGGGAUUCAGGGGAACCGUUGAGGAGCUGGGGCAGAACCAGUACAUGAUCAGUGGAGAGGUGGAGAUCAUGGACUCCACCACUAUCGUUAUCUCGGAGCUGCCUGUAAAAAGCUGGACUCAGACCUACAAAGAGACUGUGCUGCAGGAGAUGCUGAACGACUCUGAGGAAGAACCGGCCCUGAUCACCGACUACGAGGAGCAGCACACCGACAACACGGUGCGCUUUGUGGUGAAAAUGACCGAGGAGACGCUCCAAGCUGCUGCUGCUGCAGGUCUGCGCCUCAACUGCAAACAAAUGGCUGAGAGUGAGGGAGGUGUGGAGAUGAUGAUGAAGGUGAUGAUGAUGAUGAAGGUGAUGAUGAUGAUGAAGGUGAUGAUGAUGAUGAUGAAGAUGAUGAUGAAGGCUGAGAGUGAGGGAGGUGUGGAGAUGAUGAUGAUGAUGAUGGAAGUUGAGGAAGAGGAAGCAGGAGAAGCUGUGGACACGGGACCGGCUGCUCCUCUUACCGAGAAAGCAAAGAAAAGGUCUAGAAAGAGGAAAGGUAACAGGAAAAGAAAAGCUCCUGCAGUGGUUGAGCUCAGUGCUGUUCCUAACCGAGGAGAUUCUGCUGUUCAGCCUCCAGCGAAAAAGAAGAAGCAGCAGAAUAAAAAAAGAAGCAGCAGCAGAAUCUAAAAAAUGUAUAGAAAAGGAGAGAUUUAUCCAGUACUGUUCACAAAGGUUUACAUCUGUUUAUAGCUGAGCUAAUCUGUUUUAUAACUGAGCUAAUCUGUUUUAUAACUAAGGAAAUCUGUUUAUGACUGAGCUAAUCUGUUUUAUAACUGAGCUAAUCAGUUUAUAGCUGAGCAAUGCUAAACAUAUAAUAAAUCUAAUUAGUGAGACUUUAAUAA